AUGGGAUCAAAAGUUGAGCCAAACAGAAUUUGCUUUCAAUCACUAUCAAUAGGAGCGCUAGCAAAUUCACUCAAGCGGCUUGAGGAUGCCAAUGCGAAAUACAAGCAAGUGGCUGAUGUGAAGAGCCGACAUGUCGAAUUUGAGGUAGGUGACUUUCUUUGGGCUAUCUUGACUAAAUAUCGUUUUCCGGUUGGGGAAUACAAGUUGGUUGCAAGAAAGAUUAGUCUAGUGGAGAUUGUGGCUAAGAUUAAUCUAAAUGCUUACCCCCUCAAGCUUCCUAGUCAUCUAUGUACUGCCGAUGUGUUCAAUGUCAAACAUCACUUUCCUUACCAUGGUGAUAGUUCUAACAAUGAAGAUUUGAAUUCGGGGGGUGAAUUCUUCUCAACCCGGGGAUGA